AUGUCUGCUCCUCAGGUCGUUCAGAACCUCUCCAGUGGACCCGCGGGCGGGUUUGUCAGACAGCAGCUGGCGACUUUGCGAAACAGAUUCCUCAACACAGAGAAGCGAAGGAACAGGGCUGCGCUCGUGACGACCUCCUUUGCCGCGCACCGUCCUGUCUGGAUUACUGCAGGCGGCGCAGGCUACACCUCAGCGGUCGCAGUGUUCUUAGCAAUGAAGUACAUGCGGCGCCUUCCAGUCUAG